AUGAUGAAACUCAUUAGCGAUGCCGGUUUAAAGUCUGAGGUACUUAGUAAACAAUUUGCUAGUGUUUUCACGACAGAAAAUGUCGAGAAUAUACCAACUCCAGGAAGUAACUUCACGCCUGCCAUUGGUAAUAUUGUGAUCACGGUGAAAGGAGUCGAGAAACAACUAGCAUCCUUAGAUGCAAAGAAAGCAAGUGGACCGGAUGGAAUUCCACCAUGGUUUCUAAAAGAAAAUGCAAGUCAAAUAGCACCGAUUCUGACAGAUAUCUACCAGGAAUCAGUUAGUAGCGGUAGCUUACCUGGCAAAUGGAAAGAAGCCAAUGUAUGUGCGGUAUUUAAAAAAGGGAAAAAGUGUGACCCGGGAAACUAUCGGCCGAUAUCUUUAACCUGCAUCGCUAGUAAGGUUUUAGAACACAUUGUGCAUAGCCACUUAAUGAAGCAUCUCGAAAGGCAUAGCAUUCUCAUUGAUAAUCAGCACGGCUUCCGGGCUAAACGAUCCACAGAAACUCAACUGAUAUGCACUACUCAUGAUAUUACUAAUGCUAUUCAACAAAACAAACAAGUAAAUUUGGCUAUUUUAGACUUCUCAAAAGCUUUUGAUAAAGUCCCUCAUCAGAGAUUAUUGACGAAGUUGGAGUACUAUGGGAUCCGGGGUCCACUCCAAGAAUGGUUUAAGUCGUUUCUUAUAGAUCGAAGUCAAGUUGUGGUAUGUGAUGGCGCGACAUCAACUCCUAUUACAGUUACUUCUGGCGUACCGCAGGGCACAGUUCUUGGUCCUGUUUUGUUUCUACUGUAUAUAAACGACUUGGCUGGAGAAUUGAAAUCUACUGUAAGACUGUUUGCCGAUGAUGCCCUGCUGUACUGUUUUAUUGAAAGUGAUGUAGAUGCAGAUUCUCUCCAGGCUGAUUUGUGUAAAUUAGAGGAGUGGCAAGACCGCUGGCAAAUGGAGUUUAAUUCGACCAAGUGUAAAGUGAUGUGCAUUACAACUAAAAAGAAUAUCAUAAAGAAACAGUAUAUGUUCUGUGGCCAAAUACUGGAAGAAGUCGAAAACCAUCCAUAUCUCGGGGUGAUGUUUGAUAAUAAAAUGAAAUGGUCAUCUCAUAUAUCUAACACCACUCGGAAGGCAAAUGUCAUAUUACAUGUUAUCAAGCGGAACCUAUGGAAUUGUCCAAGAGAUGUCAAGGAAGUUGCUUAUAAAAGUCUUGUAAGACCAACGCUUGAAUAUGCGUCUACAGCAUGGGACCCUUACUAUAAGAAAGAUGUUGCUGCUGUUGAAAGAGUUCAGAGAUCAGCGGCACGAUUCUGUUUAAAAAAUUACGAUCGGACAGCUAGUGUAUCAGCCAUGACGAAAGAGCUGGAUUGGGAUACAUUGGAAACAAGAAGGAAACGUACGCGCCUAUGUAUGAUGUACAAGUUAAGUCGUGGUCUACUUAACUUGAACGCGGAAAACGUGCUGGUUCCAAGUCAAGAAACAAGAACACGAAAUAGUCAUACGUUUAAAUAUAGAGUACCUCGAGCUACGAAGGACAUUUUUAAAUAUUCUUUCUAUCCUAGAACGCUAACUGA